UUGAUGUUGUGUCUGUUUGUGUGCCUUAUAAAAUAAGAUUUGUCCUCUUUGUAUAUUCUGGUCACAUGUCUUAUCUUUUUUUCUUUUCCUACAGUGUCUGAAGGCAGCAGUGCAGCAGAGCAGAGCCCAAGCUGUGCAUGUGUGUGGAAACACAUAACUGUGCAAGAACUGGAGGUACAUGCUGUUUGUGUGUGUGAGAUGAGGAGAAGCUAAGUGGCUACCACAACCACCCAGAUCAGACAGCCUCCUGUGCUGCAAGAUGGAUUAAAGCCCCACACCUCAGGAGAUCGAAGGUGGCUGUGACAGGGGCACCCCCGGGGCAGGACCCAUGAGGAGUCAUAGAAGAUGCUCACAGCCUGGGCGCUUCUGCUCUUCUUAGCCAUGUGGGUGAGAAGCAGCUCCGGUGGCCCGCUCUCCUUCAGAAUAGCUGCCAUCCUUGAUGACCCGAUGGAGUGCAGCAGAGGGGAGCGUUUGGCCAUUACGCUGGCCAAAGACAGCAUCAACAGGAACAGUAACCGCUCCACCACUGGAAAACUGGAGGUGGACAUCUUUGAACUGCUGAGAGACAGUGAAUAUGAGAUGGGGGAAACAAUGUGUCAAAUCAUGUCCAAAGGGGUGGUUGCAGUCCUUGGUCCCUCAGCCAGUCCGGCCUCCAACUCAAUCAUCAGCAAUAUCUGUGGAGAGAAGGAGGUACCGUACGUCAAGGUGGCUCCAGAGGACAUUCUCAAGGUUCAGUUUCCCCGAUUCACCACGCUUGAUCUGCGACCAACCAACACGGACAUCAGCCUGGCUGUGGCCGGCCUUCUCACCUUCUUUAACAGCACCACCGCCUGCCUCAUCUGUGCACAGGCUGACUGCUUAUUGAACCUAGAGCAGCUCCUCCGGCAGUUCCUCAUCUCAAAGGAGACUCUGUCAGUGCGCAUGCUUGAUGACAGUCAAGACCCAACCCCGCUCCUGAAGGAGAUCCGAGAUGACAAAACAGCCACCAUUAUAGUUGAUGCCAACGCCACCAUGUCACAUGUCAUUCUCGAACGGGCAUCAGAGCUUGGAAUGCUGUCAGUCUACUACACGUACAUCUUCACCUCUCUGGAGUUUUCUUUACUCCGGCUGGACGAUGUGGCAGACCAACGAGUCAACAUAGUUGGUUUUUCAGUCUUCAACAAAACUCAUCCCUUCUUUCAGGAUUUUGUGCUAAGCCUAAACCGCUCCUGGCAAGAGAACUGUGACCAUGCACCCUUUGCUGGCACCCCGCUCUCCUCAGCUCUGCUCUUUGAUGCGGUAUACGCGGUGGUGGCAGCCGUCCAGGAGUUGAACCGUAGCCAGAAUGUUGGUGCCACUCAGCUCAGCUGCAAGUCCUCCAAGAUCUGGGAGCACGGCACAAGCCUCAUGAACUACCUGAGGAUGGUAGAAUUAGAAGGCCUUACAGGCCAUAUUGAAUUCAACAGCAAAGGCCAGAGGUCGAACUAUGCCCUGAGGAUCAUGCAGAACAGCAAGGAAGGCCUAAGGCAGAUUGGCUUGUGGCACUCUGAAGAUGGACUGUCCAUGGAGAGAAAGCUUCCAUCAAUCAAUGUGACGGACACCCUCUUCAACACCACUCUUACCAUCACGACAAUAUUAGAGAAUCCAUACGUGAUGUUGCGGCAGAACCACCAAGAACUCGAGGGGAAUGACCGCUAUGAAGGCUUUUGUGUUGACAUGCUGAAGGAGCUGGCAGACAUUCUCAAGUUCAAGUAUCGCAUCCGGCUGGUGGGGGAUGGAGUGUAUGGGGUCCCUGGAGCCAACGGAACAUGGACCGGCAUGGUCGGAGAGCUCAUCUCAAGGAAAGCUGACCUGGCAGUAGCAGGCCUAACCAUCACAGCAGAGCGGGAAAAGGUCAUCGACUUCUCCAAACCUUUCAUGACCCUUGGCAUCAGCAUCAUGUAUCGCGUUCACCUGGGACGCAGACCCGGCUAUUUCUCCUUUCUGGAUCCAUUCUCCCCUGGCGUCUGGCUCUUCAUGCUUCUGGCCUACUUGGCUGUGAGCUGCGUCCUCUUUCUGGUGGCCAGAUUGACUCCCUAUGAGUGGUACAACCCCCACCCAUGCCUAAAAGGUCGCUGUAACCUGCUGAUCAACCAGUACUCUCUGGGCAACAGCUUUUGGUUCCCAGUUGGAGGUUUCAUGCAGCAAGGAUCUACAAUCGCUCCCCGAGCUCUGUCAACACGAUGUGUCAGCGGAGUCUGGUGGGCUUUCACAUUAAUCAUCAUCUCAUCCUACACUGCCAACCUGGCUGCCUUCCUAACAGUGCAGAGGAUGGAGGUGCCCAUCGAGUCCGUAGAUGACCUGGCAGAUCAGACGGCGAUAGAGUAUGGCACCAUGCAUGGAGGAUCCACAAUGACCUUCUUUCAGAACUCUCGCUACCAGACCUACCAGCGUAUGUGGAACUUCAUGCACUCCAAACAGCCUAGUGUGUUUGUGAAGAGCACAGAGGAGGGGAUCGCCCGUGUCCUCAACUCCAAUUAUGCCUACCUGCUAGAGAGCACCAUGAACGAGUAUUACCGCCAGAGGAACUGCAACCUGACGCAGAUUGGAGGACUGCUGGACACAAAGGGCUACGGCAUCGGCAUGCCACUGGGGUCAGUUUACCGUGACGAGUUCGACCUGGCCAUCCUUAAAAUGCAGGAGGACAAUCGUCUGGAGAUCCUUAAGAGGAAAUGGUGGGACGGUGGCAAGUGUCCAAAAGAAGAGGACCAUCGUGCCAAAGGUCUGGGCAUGGAGAACAUCGGUGGUAUCUUUGUGGUGCUUGUGUGUGGCCUGCUGGUGGCCAUCUUCAUGGCAGUGCUGGAGUUUGUCUGGAUGUUAAGGCAGGCACCAGGAAAUGAGCAGUCAGUAUGUGAGGAGAUGCUGCGGGAGCUCCAGGGGAUCGUCCUUUGUCGGGACAGCCUGCAGGUGAGGCGUCGGCGGUCUGCUUCCAUGAUGCGACCGCGACCUCUACCCCUGGAGGACCGUCGGGCGCGAGCCGCCGCAGUCAGCCUCAGCAACGGCAAGCUGUGCGGGGGGACCGGAUUGCCUGAACCCCUCUCCCACAGACUGGCACAGGAGGCUGCUCUGGUUGCAAGGGGCUGCAGCCACAUCCGCAUUUGCCCAGAGUGUCGGCGCUUUCAGGGACUGAGGAUGCGUCCUGGAGGGGCUACAGGAACCCUACCCUCUCCCACGCACAGUGAGGAGAGUAUAGAGUGGGACAAGACCACAAAUAGUAGUGAACCUGAAUAAUGCCAAGUGACUCCAACAGGACUGACUGUCCCAGCAGCCACCUCUCUGCUUUCCAAGGAUCAGAGAUCACGUGGUAUUGUGGUUCAGCUGAUCAGAGCUUUAUCUUAAAGGGCGGGGCAAUGCUGUGAACUUUGUUCUUCCCUGGAGACACGGCCAGUCGACAGUUUUGGAUUCUCCUAGGGUGAAUUUUUUCCUUGGACGUUGGAAAAACUGAUGAGUGUGUCUCAUUGUGGUUUUUCCCUGUUGGCCCUUUGUACCGUGUAAAACAGGACGGACAAGAACAGCUACGGGGCAUUUGUACUAUGCAGUAUUUUCAGUCAUUUAUCAUUGUGCUUUUUCCUUUUUUCCUUCUUUUUAAAUUAUUUCUGUCCUCUGUUGGAUUAUCAGUACUGAAUAUUGUUAUUCUAUUCUUCUUAAAAAGAAAACUUUAAACGAGUUCCUUUUUUAUCUGACAAUUUACUGUAUGAGCGUAUAUUGCCUCUGAAGAGCUGCAAAGACAAACAGUCUAAUGCAAGGUCAUCCUUCAAAUCCUUUUAUUUUAAAAGUGCCAAAAACCAUGAGUGUAAUCUUGUGGCUGAAGAAAGCACCACAGCCUUGAGAAGACAACAAACUGAACCGAGAAAACAAACAAAACAGAGACAUUCAGACAAAGAGACUUUUUUAUAGUAGUGAUAUUCUAUUAAAAAAUGUUUUAACUGUUGGUCUCUCUGAAAGACAGCGAUGCAUGUCCAGCAGGUUGGCAGGAGCUCUUUGAAUGAUAAAUUGCUGGUGGCUGAGUCGCUGAAAGUAUGAUUUCCUGUUUUUAAUAUGUGCUUAAAACGCUGAUUGCUUCACACAACAUCCAUUUAUUUUCACCCUCCAUUUGUCUUUAACACCAUGAAGCAUUUAUCGUCUCAUAAUUUGUCCCCUAGCUGAAAAAUAUAUCCACUGUCAGGGAUAUUUUCUGUGUCUCACAUAUUUAAAAAUGAUUUCAGCGUCAGUGGAUAAGCUAGGGUGGUAAUGACAAACAGCAUAUAUUAGAAUUCAAUUUUUAACAAUGCUCCCCGAUAACGUUAAAGGCUUUUUAUGUCAGCAUUUGACUUGUGUUCUGUGGUGUUUCAACACUGCUAUGGAAGAGUAUUUCAGUUCAGAUCAGCCUAACAGCUCCUUGACGUUUUAAUUCUAUAAUUUUUGAAAAAUGCUGAUGCAACACAGAAAGUUUUAAUCAGGUCUUAAGGAGGCAGAUCAAGUGAUUUUGGAAGUGGUAAGAUCAAGGUUGGACUUAUAAAAUCUUUCCUUUUAUCAGUUUAUAACCACAUCAAUUCAUUUUUUUUUGUCUUUAUUGCACCAUACUUAAAAAAAACUAAAACCACCAGCAAAACUGUUCUUACUUUACCUUCAACAGAGACUGUGACUUAGUAUUUUCCCAGUGAACUCGAUCUGUUUAUAGCUGUUACUGUAUGAUAACCUCACUGUUGCACAGAAGGAAUCAGCGGUCAUUCUCAUGUUGACACUGCUCCUCUCUUAUCUCUAAUCUGUCCAUCAUUUUAAAAAAUGCCCAUCAGGUGCUGUCAAUCAUCAUUCCUCAGAACUAGGCCACCAAACUCUACACAGCUUGAAGGUACUGCUGCAGUUUCUCCUCUAUUUUUUAUAAGCUAUGUUCACCUUCUAUCUCUGUCAGUUUUUUACCUGCAGGUUCUCUGCAUAUUCUGUUUAAAGUAGCAGCCUCUUUCUUUCUCUUUGUUUCAUGUUUUUAUAUAUAUAUUACUUUAUUGUCAGCCAACCCUCAUUUUUCACAUGUCAAAAAAUCUAAAACAUCUCAUCCUACCUACACACAUAUCAAAGCCGUCUUUCCAAUCCAAACUUGCCCAUAGCAACCACCCACAAACUUGACUAGGCAGUAACAUUUCUCUUUGAGACAUAAAGACGUCAGCCUACAUCUUUCUUAGUUCCUGAAUGGUUUGACAACACUCAAAUUUCCUGUUCAAAAGGGCAAAGCAAAACAAAACUAGAGACAGUACAAAUACAAUAUCAAGGUAACAUAUCCAUAGAGCACAGGGAGGAGACUGACACAUUUAUACAAAUUACAGGAGAAUAUCAAACACAAAGUUUAGCCAAAAGGGGCCUGAAAGACUUAAAAAAGAAGCCAUGAUUUGCCUCUGUAGUGUUAGUGAGGACUGAUGGAGGAUUAUAGUCAGUAUCCUUAGAUAAAAAAAAUACAUUCCUUUGAAUUAUUAGUUAAUUAGCACCCUGAAAUUUUAUACAUGUUUAUGUAUCAUUGAUCAUAACAAAUAUCUGACAUGUGUGGGUUUCAGCUGUUGCCUUGUUGUUGUGUCAUUCUGUCUUUUGUUAUUAUUCAUAUACACAGUAACAUCUCUAUAAACAACCUCAUCCAACUGCCUCAAUGUAUUCAAAGCACCUGUUCCUGCAUGAAGGGCUGUGAUUGGCUGCUGUUUCUGAAGCUGGUGAACAUGUGAAACUGGUGGAUCAACUGCUGACAGACCUUGAGAAAGCUGCAUCAUUGUGCUGGUACAGUGCAUCAACUGCUCUGAGCAUUUUUGCAACUGGAAUCCCAAAUGUUUGUGUCUUUAAUUGUAUUUCCCUAUUUUUAAAUGUUGGUUCACUCAGUUCAGACAGCAUUCGGACUCAGGUCUGCAGCGGUGUUUGAAACAGCACUGAAUCUGCUUCAUUUGGCAUCCCAAAGAAAUUAAUGGGUAUUCUGGAGGUAUCAUGCUAAUAGUGCCAAUUCGCCUAAUCUUCAAGUAAUCAAUGUCUUACAGUCAGCGUGUAAAUACAGUUUGAUCAACAGGGUUCCCCAGUAAUGGUCCAAAGUGUUGUAACAGUCCUUACAUAUCCCCCCCCCCCCAUAUGUGUACAAUGUUUAUAUGGACACAUUAGACAUUUAGACAAAAGCGCACAAGCA